GUUGCAUCAACCGUGUCGCAACAAUCACCACUUCACCAACAACGCAUUAUUUUCAAUAUUUCAAGUAUCCCGAGGUAUUCCGACAUUACCUGAAAGAACCCUCGGGAAAUGUACCCGAAUAAUUGACGUAAUCGAGGCGCGAAUUACGUGGGGAUGACGCGAUGGUGUAGCUGAGAGUUAAUUAGUGACGGGGAAGAUUAUUCAGUUGGAGAUUCAGAGGAUAAAAAUGGCUAGUCUAGCCAGCAGUUCCGGGGUCUUCCCCAGGGCACCAACCAUGCUGGAGCAGCUGCUGGAGGAGAUCAAUUUCCAGAGGACUAAGGAGAUGCGCCAGCUGCUCAAGGACGAUUCGGGAUUUGUGAUGCUGCAGGGCACAACCUACUGGACGGACCUGUUUGUCCGGCACUUUCUCUUUCAGGCUGAGCACACGAUCGAUGGCGAUGAUCUCCUCUUUUUCGUACGGAAGAAACACAUUAAGACGUCAUCACGGUAUGUUCCGAAAUUUGAGACUGAAGUCGAUGUCUUCAGGAAGGACAGCAAGAAGCUGCCGAUUGGUGAUCCUGAUAUUGACUGGGAGGAGACGGUUUAUCUCAAUCUCGUUGUUCAUCAGUUUGAUUACACCCUGACUCUAGCCAUCUGCACGAGAACUAGUCCGAAGGAAUUGCAAGUGCUCAGACGGCACUCGCAAAAGGUCUACGCGAGUCCCAGCCGACGGAGGAUGGACGCCAAAGGGGAUCUCGAGGAGAUGACGUAUCCGCACAUUUGCUUCAUGGUUGAUAACUUUGACGAAGUAUUCUGUGAUAUUUUAGUUAGGGAUGGAGAGAUGGUGUGUGUCGAACUGGUGGCCUCCGAUCGGGAGGGGGCUGUCCAGGGGGUCAUCUUCCUGGGGUCCAUUCGGUACGACGCGUUGAAGAAGGUUUACGACGCGAGGUCGAGUUUGAGCACGAAAAUGGCGCAGAGGAUGACUUUCGGGCUGUUCUCCGGUGCGUCCUCGCAGCGCGUGGAAUUCGUCCGCAUGAAAGGACCACAAGGUAAAGGUCACGCAGAGAUGGCUGUAACGAAGCCAAAGGGAUCGGGUGCGGAGACACCGACGUCGGAGCCCGGUUACUCCGUGACGGAUGCCCUCUGGGACGCCGACUGGGACGACGCAGAAGAGCUCUUCAUGUAUCGUCACCAGAGAAGACUCUCGGAUCCCAGCUCGAAUCUCAAUAAUUUCGUUCGCGGUGGCUGGCGAACGAAACCCGAUCAGUGCGCAUCGAAGGCGCGAUCUGAGAACGAGGGUCUCGACUCCAUGGCCAAUGGCCUCAACGAAAUCGAAGCUGGUGACGUGCGUGACGCUAAGGAACAGGCAAGCAGCUGGGGCGGCCGGGUCGCCUCGCCGUUGCGACCUGGGGGUAAAGAUUAUCGGAGGAGUCACCGGGUGAGGAGACGAUCCACUAGGGAACGAAGUGCCGAGAGGGACCGCAUUGAGAGUAAUUGGGGAAAUGAGAAUUGUACAUCGCCGAGACGUUACGCCGGAACACCAAAGCGUCGCCAUCGUCACAGGACUCAUCAUAUCGAGGUGGGAAGUGAGUCCCUGGUGGUUAGUCCUGGUGAUAAUCCCACCGAGGACAACGUCAUGCAGAAGCUAGAUGCUGGGGCAAUUCUAGUCAACGGAAAAGAGGAGCUGCCCCUCGGUUACGAAGACAAUGCAUUCCUCAAUGACAGACUACCGAAUUACGAGAGGAAUGACUCGAGGGGUUUUCUCUCGUCGGAUAGCAAUCGGGAGGAGAGCCUUCGCCGUCGGCGAACACGUCAUAGGCCACGCCGAUACUUCAGCGAUGACGAACUCUUCGGGGUUGUGGGUAGAAGGAACGGCACCGAGAGCAGAACUGACACCGAUGAUGAUAAUCAUCCAAGGAUUUCCCCGAAGGACAAGAAUGCCAAUGCCAGGAUCACCAAACCCCUGGAGGGAUGUCAGAGGCAGAGUGCCACGUUACCUAGGAGACGCAGAAGAAGGGCUCUCUCUGGGAGUGUCAUUGGAAAUCAUCCUCUUCCACCCCACAGGGUCACCCCGGAUGGCACUGCCAUCUACUACUGGUGCGAGCUCCCGCGCCGCCCCGGCUCUCAGGAGCUGGAUGACGGGGCUUAUAAUCCAUUGUGGACCAUGAGGGGAUUCACACAGACAUUUCACUUCUGGAAGGAGACCAGGAGGGCGCAAUCAGUUCCUUUGAAUGCUUUUUUGACGUACAUCACUUUACCCUGGUGGAGUAUAGCCAAAGACAUACUGGACCACCGUGAGGAUCCCAUCCUGACAUUCUAAUGAUCGGUGAAAAUGGAUUUGAAUUUUUUAAACCCGAGAAGUACCAAUUCGAUCGACAAGUGCUAGUCAACGCAACUGAUUCCAUUAUUUAAUGUAAAAAUUCGAUCAAUACACGUAAUUCUGUUUGUA